UUAUCUACUCCUAAAUUCAACCGUUGAGAGUGUGUCGUGAGUCCACUCUGCACUCUUUGAUAGUUGUGGAUGGAACCGCCUAUCGGACAGUAUUUGAGAUCAUAUAAGUUACCUGUCAAUGUUAGAAAUCACCUAAAGUCCACGCGAGUGCCUAAACUACAGCGCUUAAGUCAGCAGAUGACAAUAGUCUGCCUUGUUAGCUAAGCUAACUACCUAGCCUGAAGCAUGCCGAAUUUUUGCGCGGCCCCGAACUGUACACGGAAGAGCACUCAGUCAGAUUUGGCAUUUUUUCGAUUUCCACGGGACCCAGAGAGAUGCCGAAUCUGGGUAGAGAACUGCCGCCGGGCAGAUCUAGAGGCGAAAACAUCAGACCAGUUGAACAAGCACUACAGAUUAUGUGCCAAACAUUUCGACCCAGCUAUGGUGUGCAAAACAUUUAUUGCUUUUCAGAGCCCCUACAGGACUGUACUGAAGGAUACAGCCAUUCCAACUAUAUUUGAUCUGACAAGCCAUCUAAGAAAUCCCCAUACCAGACAUCGCAAGCGGAUUAAAGAACUUACUGAAGAAGAUAUAAGGAAGAUUAAAGAAAGGAGAUUGGCAUCUUCUAUUGAACAGCUUGUUUCCAAAAAAGAUGCCACAGUCGAGGAUAGCACAAGCGCCAAUGAGGAUGAACCUCAACUGUCCACAGAGGAGAAGGAGUUUCGUGAAUACCUGAGGUCCUUGUUUGAGGUUGUGGUCAUGUUAGGAAAACAGAGUAUCCCAUUAGUGGCUGACAAAGCAUCUGAAGCUGAGCACCUGUCCAGCAACUUCCAGGCUCUUGUGCAUUACCGCAUGAACAAUGGAGAUGAAGCUCUGAAGAAGCGGUUUGAGGCGACAGCUGUGAACACAGAAUACCUCUCCACAACCCAGCAGAGCCAGCUCUUGGACGUCUGUGAGAACACAGUGAGAGAGGAGAUGCUAAUGGAGGUGAGAGAGAGUCGCUUCUUCUCCCUAGUGACGGGUGACCUUGUUGACUUUGCCAACGAGAAACACCUGCCUCUGUUUUUACGCUUUGUGAAUCAGCAGAACGUCCUUCGAGAGGAGUUCUUGGACUUUAUGCUGUUUGAUGGUGAUGAGUCUGCACUGGUAGAGAGGAUGGAGGCCCAGCUGACUGAACGGUGGGGGCUUAGCAUGGAGGACUGCCGUGGUCAGGCCCACAAGGCCACUGGGACUUCCACCACCAAGAUGAAAGCUGUGGCAGUAUUACUGAUGGAGAAGUAUCCCCUGGCAUUGCACAUGCCUUGCUCUCAUAUGCCCCUGAACAUCCACCUGGCCAACAGCCUGCCUUUUCCCAAUGUCCAGGUAGUCAUGGAGACUCUGAGGAGGAUUGGCGCUUUCUUUAGAAGCCAGUUUGCUCAGAAUGAACUGGAAAAAGCUAUUUCUACUCACUACCAGAAAAAUGAAGAGAAAGGAACCACACUGAAACAGGCAUGUGGCUCGGGAUGGACGGAGCAGCACAAUGUCUUUGAUGUGCUGCUUGAUUUGUUGCCGCUCCUGCUACUGUGCAUGGACAGCAUUCGGGACAAUGACGACGGAAAGUUUGCUGACGCUGCCACAGCAGAUGCGUAUUCAAUUGCAGAAACCAUCGCAGACUUUGAGAUCAUUGUCACCAUUGUCAUCUUAAAGAAUGUUCUCACGUUCACCAGAGCCUUCGGGAGGAAUCUGCAAGGGGAAACACUCGAUGUGUUUUUCGCUGCCAACAGUCUAACUGCUGUCCUGCAUUCACUAAAUGAGGUCAAUGAUAACAUUGAUGUCUACCAUGAAUUCUGGUAUGAGGAGGCGGUAAGUGUGGCCACUGUAAUGGAGAUUCCAGUGAAGGUCCCAAGGCUGUUUCUUAGGAAACAGCGUGCAGCUGACGUGGGAGAAAUCCAAGCAGAGGCGUAUUUUAAGGAGUACGUGACUGUCCCUGUUAUCCAUGGCAUCAUGCAAGAGGUGGAGGACAUGUUCUCUGAGACCAACCUCAAAGCUCUCAAGUGCCUGUCACUGGUCCCAGCCGUCAUGGGCCAAAUGAAGUUCAACACCACUGAGGAGAACUAUGCUGAUGUUUACCGCGACGACCUCCCCAACCCAGACACACUUCCUGCGGAGCUUCACUGCUGGAGAAUCAAGUGGAAGCACAGGGGCAAAGAGGUGCGCCUGCCCACCACCAUCCAUGAAACCCUUCAGCUGCCAGAUGUCAAGUUCUUUCCCAAUGUGAACUCCUUCCUGAAGGUGCUUUCCACCCUGCCAGUGCUGAAAUUAGAGGACAACAGAAGUGACACAGCGAGUGAACGGCUGCAGGCUUAUCUCAGCAACAUGCCUGUUAAGCAGUGGAACAAGAGUCUUGCAAUGCUUAACAUUAACACUCACGUCAAACAUGACUUGGAUGUCAUGGUAGACAAAUAUUGCAGACUCUAUCCAGAAGAUGAUCCCGAGGCAGAGUCUGAGGAAGUGGCUGAGGAAGAUGCGAUGAAAUGAUGACACAGAUCCUGAGCUUAUUUAGCUGUUUGAAUGGGACAAAACUGAAUGAAACCGACAUGCUUUCAGUCAUAAACACAUCCUCUUUUUGGUCGCUCUUUUAUAUUUUUGUACACUUUGAUAUAAGUACUAAUCAUUUUUAUGUAGAUGUAAAGAGUUAAUAGAUGCCAUUUGUACUCAGUCCCUGAGCUUUCCAGGAAAAAUUAUUGUAUUUAGUGAAAGUAAUGUUGUAUUUAAAUGCAGCGCAGCUUAAUCUUGAAUUGUAAAUAAGUAAGCAAAUUUGGCAGGACGAAAACGUAAAAAUAAAUUGUGAGCAAAGAUUGCAACACCACAAAGUGUCCAGAAAUGUAAGGCGCUAUCAAAGACGUCACCUGUAAAUAUUUGAAGUUCUCUGUCAGGCUGUUUUUAUUUAUUAGACUAGCCUUUUCUCUUACAGUGCCGUGACCUUAUGGAAAGUAUUUUUAUCUUCCCUUUGUUUAUUUUAUUUGUCAAGUUCAGUAGAUGUGUUUUCCUGCACACAUGAAAUAAACUGCUCAUUUACUGUU